GCACGACGUGUGUCUAUUUAUGUGUCUAUUAAGCUUGCGAGAAAGCAUGAUGUACUGCAUGGGAUUGAUCCGGGCUGCAGUUUAACUAUUGAUGGGUAUAACUAUAUUCAUUUAUGAUAUAUCCAACACCGGAAAUCCCGCGUCAAUGUUCCAACGUGCCGGACAAUUUGCUUGCCAAUUACAUUCUCUAGGUCUAAUUUUAAUUUUCACUGGCAACUCAGCGCUGUUGUACAACUGUGUUAAUUGUAAGCAGAAGCUAUGCUAAGUAUAGACUUUCGGCUUUAACAAUUAGAUUCUCUCGCGCGAAAUAGACGGAGAUUGUGAUCCUAGGCUUAAAAAUUCCGUGACAAGGAUUUAAAACCGCUGCUCUCGCACGCGAAUUAUCCUUCUUAUCGAGUUUCGAAACGUUUUUAAGAUGACGAAGAAGACCGACACAGCGGCGAAGGAACUAAAUUCAAUCCAGAAGCCUGCAGCGUUCAGCGUCGUCGACGUUGCUUACAGCGUAGCGAGUAUCAUGUCCGGGGGCCAUUCCAGAUCUUGUAGCACGGAUGGUUCAGUCGAUGGUGAAGGUAGAAGAUCAAAUGAAGCAUACGAAUGCAUGGGGCGGAUUUCCAAGAUCCCAAUCGUUGAGGCUACGGCUUUGGCGAUGUUGAAUUAUUACUUACGCGUAAAGCAGUCGCAUUGCACGGUCCAGACGGUGUUCGAAAACGUGGAGGAGGGCUGGAGCAAGGGCGUGGAAAUCGUCAGUCCUGUGACCAACAAGAUUGAGAAAACCCUGGAGCGUCCCUUAAAAGCAAUCGAUAACGCUGCCUGCGUGGGUCUGGACUUCGUCGAGGAGAAGAUUCCCUCCGUAAAGUUGCCUCCGGAUGAGUUGUACGAAAAGUCAAAGGAGUACAUGAAUCGUAAUGUCCUGGAGCCAGCCGUGCAUUUCACUUGCAGGCUGUUGGAAAACGUUAGGGAUCAAGUAUCACAGUUUGCGAAAACUGGCGACGCGGAUGAUAAGGCGGACACGGGAAAUAUCAGCAAAACUGACGAGGUUUCGAAAAGUCAGAAAUGAUCGUCACGAGAAAAGGGGAGCAACAAGAUUUUCGACGCAUACUUAUCAUUUACUCGAGAUUUUUUCUUUUAUAAAGAUCUUCGUCCUACAUGUGUGUUAUGUGCGACGAUAUGUGCUGCAGAUUAUCUCAUGGCUGCAUAAUUGUUACGUUAUCACGUAUUCUGUGAAGAAAACGUAUAAUAUAUUUAUUUUUUCAA